CACACCACCCUUCUUCACUUGGAUCACUUGAGUGGAGCAGAUAUCGAAGAGACAGGCAGCCAUUCAAUAUCAAGUGUAAAUUAUAUUGAAAUAUCAACAUUUCUAUUUGAUUUAAGAGCUUGGAACUUCGAUCAGAAACCAUGUCGACAGUCAGUGCCCUGCCUUUCCUGAAAUCUAGUCUCCUAAUGCGCCCUCCCAUGGGUUCCAUCACCCCCAGGCGCGGGCGUCGCCACACACUCCCGGCCAGCGAGUUCCGUUGCCUCAGCCCGGAGGACGCAAUCAGCGUGUUUGAGAUCGAAAGAGAGGCCUUCAUCUCUGUGUCUGGAGAGUGUCCGCUCCACUUGGAUGAGGUGUGUCACUUCCUGACGCUGUGCCCUGAGCUGUCUCUGGGCUGGUUUGAGGAGGGACGCCUCGUUGCCUUCAUCAUAGGAUCACUGUGGGACCAGGAGAAACUAGCCAUGGACGCUCUGACCCUCCACAAGCCCCAUGGCUCCACGGUCCACCUCCAUGUGCUUGCUGUCCACCGCACCUUCCGGCAGCAAGGCAAGGGCUCCAUCCUGAUGUGGCGCUACCUGCAGUACCUGCGCUGCCUGCCCUAUGUGCGCUGCGCCGUGCUCAUGUGCGAAGACUUCCUGGUCCCUUUCUACCAGAAGUCAGGAUUUAAAGUGCAGGGCCCCAGCGACAUCACCGUGGGGCCCCUGACCUUCAUUGAGAUGAUGUACCCUGUCCGGGGCCACGCGUACAUGCGCCGCAACAGUGGUGUUUGAGGGGAUACGAACCAAGAUGGAUGCCUCCUUCAAUGGGGGGUGUUUGACCAACCUUCCGUGGCUGGAAGACGGCUACAAUGGCAAGAAAAAGUAUGUGAACCCUUUGGAAUUACCUGGACUUCUGCAUAAAUUGGUCAUCAAAUUUGAUCUGAUCUUCAUCUAAGUCACAACAAUAGACAAACAGUCUGCUUAAACUAAUAACACACAAACAACUAUACAUUUUCAUGUCUUUAUUGAACCGUGUGAACAUUUGCAGUGCAGUGUGGGAAAAGUAUGUGAACCCAUGGAUUUAAUAACUGGUUGACCCUCCUUUGGCAGCAGUAACCUCAACCAAACGUUUUCUGUAGUUGCGGAUCAGACCUGCACAACGGUCAGGAGGAAUGUUGGACCAGUCCUCUUUAUAAAACUGCUUCAGUUCAGCAAUAUUCUUGGGAUGUCUGGUGUGAACCGUUCUCGAGAUCCUGCCACAGCAUCUCAAUCGGGUUGAGGUCAGGACUCUGACUGGGCCACUCCAGAAGGCGUAUUUUCUUCUGUUAAAGCCAUUUUUGUUGUCGAUUUACUUCUGUGUUUUGGGUUGUUGUCUUGUUGCAUUACCCAACUUCUGUUGAGCUUCAAUUGGCAGACAGAUAGCCUUACAUUGUCCUGCAAAAUGUCUUGAUAAACUAGGGAAUUCAUUUUUCCGUCGAUGAUAGCAAGCUGUCCAGGCCCUGAGGCAGCAAAGCAGCUUCAAACCAUGAUGCUUCCUUCACAAUACUUUACAGUUGGGAUGAGGUUUUGAUGUUGGCGUGCUGUGCCUUUUUUCUCUCGACUCAGUGUUGUGUUCCUUCCAAACAACUGAACUUUAGUUUCAUCUGUCCUCAGAACAGUUUGCCAGUAGCGCUGUGGAACAUCCAUAUGCUCUUUUGCGAACUUCAGACAUGCAGCAAUAUUCUUUUGGGACAGCAGUGGCUUCUUCUGUGAUGUCUUCCCAUCAACACCAUUCUUGUUUAGUGUUUUACGUAUAGUAGACUUGUCAAAAGAGAUGUUAGCAUGUCCCAGAGAUUUCUUUAAGUCUUUAGCUCACACUCUAGGAUUCUUCUUAACCUCAUUGAGCAUUCUGCGCUGUGCUCUUGCAGUCAUCUUUGCAGGACGGCCACUCCUAGGGAGAGUAGCAACAGUGCUGAACUUUCUCCAUUUAUAGACAAUUUGUCUUACCUUGGACUGAUGAACAUCAAGGCUUUUUUUUAUACUUAUGUAACCCUUUCCAGUUUUAUGCAAGUCAACAAUUCUUCAUCUUGGGUCUUCUGAGAUCUCUUUUGUUUGAGGCAUGGUUCGCAUCAGGCAAUGCUUCUUGUGAAUAGCAAACUCAAAUAUGGUGAGUGUUUUUUAUAAGGCUAUAAGCUCUAACAUCUCUAAUCCCGUCUGAAUGGUUGUACUCCAGGUUAGCUGACUCCUGACUCCAAUUAGCUUUUGGAGAAUUCAUUAACCUAGGGGUUCACGUACUUUUUUCCAACCUGUGAAUGUUUAAAUGAUGUAUUCAAUAUAGACAAGACAAAUACAAUAAUUUGUGAGUUAUUAGUUUAAGCAGACUGUGUUUGUCUGUUGUUGUGACUGAGAUGAAGAUCAGAUCAAAUUUUAUGACCAAUUUAUGCAGAAAUCCAGAUAAUUCAAAAGGGUUCACAUACUUUUUCUUGCCACUGUAUGUAAGUAGCUUGGUGAAACCUCAUUCCCGGUCUAUUGCACAAAGUUUCUGGGAACGAGAUUACGCUUGCUGUGAGUUACAUGUGAGAUGCUAGUGCAGUGGCUCGAAGGUGUUUGUCUGUGCUCACUGUUUUGUGUUGUGGCAGGGUUUGUGUGUCCUAUGUGGUGGGUGUUACAGAAGAUAGUUGACCAUUAAGAAACCAAGCAUUUAAAAAAAUAACCAGAGCGACUUACAGUUAAUGCAUUCAUCUUAAGAUAGCUAGGUAGGACAACCACAUAUCACAGUCGUAGUAAGUAAAUUUCUCCUCAAAGUAGUCAAAGUCAAAGCUAGUCAAAUGUGAUUGUUUGUUCACGAAAGGCUUUUUUAAAUCUCAAAGGCUGACAUGAUCUUUGGGGAAGAUAUGGAAUUACUUGAGUAAUUAAGUGAUUAUAAAUGUAUUACUUUAUUCAUUUUUAGAAAAUGUCUUAUUCAAGAUGACCAAAUAGAAUCUGCUACCUGCAGAAAAUGCUAGGUUCACAUUAGAAAAGUACAGCAAGGAAAAGUGCAGCAAAGUACAUAUUUUUGUAUAAAAUGCUGGAAUUUUUUUAACUCAUUAAGUCUGAGAUUUUAGCAAACAAACUGCAUCUUGGUGGAUGACUUGAGAAUCUAAUGAAAAUGCAGAUAGGCCUAGAUUGAAGAAGGGUCAGCUAGCUUCUCUCUUCCUGUUAGCGUUUUGUGGCUGUGCUGCUUGUGUAUCAAUCCAUGGCAAGCAUUAAAACAGCAUUAACUCAAUGCCAAGCAACCAA